GCGGCGCAGCCCCGUGUCUGGGAGGCGCGCAGAGCACCAGGGCUGGAGGGGAGGGAGGCCGGGCCGGCUCCGCGCGUAACUUCACCCAGCCUGCCCGGAGCAGGAGGAGGACGGCGGGGUCUUGCAGCUGCCCAGGGACGGGACCGGCCUCUCCACGCCGGGCCGGAGAGAGAGGGCAGCAGAGCCGAGCCGGAGGCGGCAGCCUGCCCCGGCUGGGCGCGCUGGGCGCUCCGGCAGCCCCGGAACUCACCGCGAGGGCGCAACGGGGCUGGAGCGCGGAGUCCCCGGGGCCAGAGGGACCUGGAAAAAUUGACAGCAUCAAUGAAUGGGUUGACGGUCACUCUCAGCUCCAGAUGACUUGCAAUUUAGUUCAGAAAGAUGUCAUCUGUUACUGAAAAUGGAGAUGCCCCUGCUGGAAAACAAAAUGAGGAGAAAACAUAUAAAAAGACAGCAUCAUCUGCUAUUAAAGGAGCUAUUCAGCUGGGAAUAGGAUACACAGUAGGUAACCUCACCUCUAAGCCAGACAGAGAUGUACUUAUGCAAGACUUCUACGUAGUGGAAAGUGUAUUUCUGCCCAGUGAAGGCAGCAAUUUGACCCCGGCUCAUCAUUACCCCGACUUCAGAUUUAAGACCUAUGCUCCUCUAGCUUUCCGUUACUUCAGAGAACUUUUUGGUAUCAAGCCUGAUGAUUACUUGUAUUCAAUCUGCAGUGAGCCUUUAAUAGAAUUAUCCAAUCCUGGUGCCAGCGGGUCUUUAUUUUUUGUAACUAGUGAUGAUGAGUUCAUCAUCAAAACAGUUCAACACAAAGAGGCUGAGUUUCUUCAGAAGCUGUUACCAGGUUACUACAUGAAUUUGAACCAGAAUCCAAGGACUCUCUUACCAAAAUUUUAUGGACUAUACUGUGUUCAGUCAGGGGGCAUUAACAUCAGAAUCGUCGUGAUGAACAAUGUUUUGCCUCGGGCAAUGAAAAUGCAUUUCACAUAUGACUUGAAAGGCUCUACCUAUAAACGGAGAGCAUCAAGAAAAGAAAGGGAGAAAUCCAACCCCACAUUUAAAGACUUGGAUUUCUUGCAAGAGAUGCAUGAAGGACUGUAUUUUGACUCAGAAACAUACAGCGCACUGAUGAAAACACUACAGAGGGAUUGUCGAGUGCUGGAAAGCUUUAAAAUCAUGGAUUAUAGUCUGCUGCUGGGGGUCCAUGUAUUGGACAGUAUCACAAAAGAGAAGGAUGGGGAGAGUUCCCAGAAUGCAUCUGAUGCCAAACGUCCUGGGGGACAGAAAGUUCUCUAUUCUACAGCCAUGGAAUCCAUACAGGGUCCUGGAAAGUCUGGGGAAUCUGUCACCACAGAAGCUACAAAUACAAUGGGAGGCAUUCCAGCUAAAAGCCAUAAAGGAGAAAAGCUGCUUCUAUUUAUGGGUAUUAUUGAUAUCCUACAGUCUUACAGGUUAAUGAAGAAGCUAGAACAUUCCUGGAAAGCACUUGUAUAUGAUGGGGACACUGUUUCAGUCCACAGACCAAGUUUUUAUGCAGACAGGUUUUUAAAGUUCAUGAGUUCGAGGGUUUUCAAAAAAGUUCAAGCUCUAAAGUCCUCUCCUUCCAAGAGACGAUGCAGUUCCAUUGCAGCCCUAAAGGCAACAUCACAAGAAAUUGUGUCUGCUGUUAGCCAAGAAUGGAAGGAUGAAAAGCAUGACAUGCUUACUGAAGGACAAAGCUUUUCCAGCCUUGAUGAAGAAGUAUUAGGGUCACGGCACCGUCCGGAUUUAGUGCCAAGCACUCCAUCUCUAUUUGAAGCAGCUUCCUUAGCAACCACUAUUUCUUCUUCUUCUUUGUAUGUAGAUGAACAGUAUCAACGUGAUGGAACUCUGCUUUAUUCCAGCAGUAAAGGGUUACCUUCGAGUUCAACGUUCACCCUAGAAGACAGUGCCAUCUACUUGACUUCAGAACAGAGCACACUGGAAAUGGAAAAUGAUAAUGCUUCAGUUUUGGAUGUCUAUUUAUAAUAGAGAAUAGAAGAAAAUCAAAGUAAAAGUGGAUAAGACGUGACCAUGGUUGAUGAAGAGCACUUUCUGCACUCCUGGUUUAAAGGGAGGAAUUUGCUGAGCCUAACAGACAAAGAGUAAUAAUCAAUGGAACUUAUCUCUGAGAAAUGUCAUGGGAACCUUGAACCAUGGAAAUGAUAGCUAGACUCGACAGAUGUGACAUGAAACAUUCCACACUUUGCUAUCAUGUGCUAUUGCUUGCUAAACUGUGAAGAACUGCAUAAACUGUAUUUAAGAUGCUUUCUAUACUAGUGCCAAUCACCUUUUUUGGACCUGAAAGUGAUAUUUUCUUAUUGACUCUCAUGAUUUCAUUUGCAUGUAUUCAGUGAUUGUGUACAAGCAAAAUAUGUAAUCUGCUUUACCUAUUUAAAGAUCCAUCAUCAACACAGUGGUAAAUAAAAUUAAUUCCACUUUUUUCUCCCCCAGAAUCAUAAUUACUUAGGUCCAUAUUGUUGGAAGUCCAAAAUGAUUUCAAACAAGGAUUAAUGUAAAUGUCUGCACUUACUUUAUGGACAAUAGCCUCUAAAGAUAUUUUCACUGUUUGUUAGUGAAAUGAGGGGAAAAAAGCUAUUUAUAACAAGGCCUUAUGUUGUGUACAUAAAUUGUCUUUGAAAUGUGUGAUUUAGUUUAUUGCUUGUAAAAGAAAUUAUAUAAUUUAUUUAGUAAAUACUACUGUAAACUAUAGUUUUAUUGACAGAAAUAAAAUAUUUUGUUCUCAAAACCUAUGGUGCAUAUUUCAAGCUGUUUCUGGUCUAUACACUUCCUGUUCUUGCCUUCUGACCCUUUCUAAGAGAAUCAUUAUUUAUGCACUGUGCCAAACAGUACAUAACAGGUAAUCUGUCCCGUAUGCCCUCACAUAGAAGAGAAGGUGGAAAAAAUGUUAUACUAGAAGGAGAAAGGCAAAGGAACAGAUGUAGGGUGACCAGAUGUCCUGAUUUUAUAGGGACAGUCCCGAUUUUUGGAUCUUUUUCUUAUAUUGGCUCCUAUUACCCCCUUACUCCCUGUCCCGAUUUUUCACACUUGCUGUCUGGUCACCCUAAACAGAUGCAACAUGUAUGGUUUGAUAAAUGUUACAGAUCUCUCACCAUGUGCAACCAUUGCAGGACAAAAAACGGUAGAAGCAAUCUGGUUCCACAUGGGAGGAGAGAUUUAGUCACAGUAGGGUAAGGGCUGCUAAGCAUCAUUCUAAGAAUCCAGACCUUGAUGUGGGAGCAUAUUUAGGAACUUCAUAAAUGCCUCUUUAAGGUGUAUGGAAACUAUUGGGGAUGAUGAUGAUAGCUCUCCCAAAAAUAACAUUCUUUGCAGAGUGGCUAGAGUGUAGGACAUUGGAGCUGGCACUUCUGUAGAACUUGCCAUGUGAGGAUUUUUCCCAACAUUAACAAAUCAAACCUCCGUACCUUUGUGAAAUAGAUGAGUAUUAUCCCCAUUUUACAGAUGGUAUGGACAAACAGAGGUCAUAUAACUUGUUCAAGUACACAGAAAAUCUGUGGCAAGCCAGGACUAGAACCUCAUCUUGUAGAACCUGCCAUGUGAGGAUUUUUCCCAACAUUAACAAAUUAAACCUCUGUACCAGAUGACAAAAACAAAAUAUUGGGACACAUGGGGGGGCAGCCACAGGCUCAAAAGCCGGAAUACCACCG